AUGCGCAUUCCUAUUGCAGCGCAGCUCGCGGUGUUGGUGCUACUUUGUAGUGUAGUGGGCAUCGCCGUCCUUGCUGUGGCAACAUGGGUUACAACGUACAACUUUGUUGUAGAGGUCAGAUCACAAGGGCUGGAACUGGUUGCGACCAUCAAGGCUAGCCAGAUUGCCUCAAACCUCGACCUUUUAGAAGCGACCUGCAAAACUAUUUCCACACGUCUUUUAAUCCAGUCUGCCCUUAACCGAUAUUAUGAUGGCAACUCCUCUGACAGCAACUGGACAAACUCCAUCAAGGAUCUGCAAUCGGCUCUUACCCCAAAUAUAACUCUCCCAUACACCUACCCGAAUGGAAGUGCUGUGACACUUGGGUCAAAUGGAAUUAGUUAUCCGCCAUCUCUCUAUCCCAACAUCACCUACACCCAGUCGACUUCAGACAACAAUACGAUCCUUGCCCACGUCUUUUCUGAUUACCUCCUCGGAUUAAACUCAGCCUUAUUGUUGGGACCCCUGACAAUCAAUGAAUCGUUUUCUCUUGUCUCUUUGACACUUCCCAUUGUCAAUAAUACUUCCGCCUCAGAUCUUCUCGGCUUCUUGACUGUCCUCGCUAGUGCCGAAAAUUUGCAGAAUGUCAUCAGCUCUCGCGAUGGCUUGGGGGAUUCGGCUCAAGUUCUUCUUCUUGGUCCCUCUCGACCCGAGAACGUAUUUGCCUCGGAUGCUAUGCCGUCGACUACGGCAUCGACAGCCAAAGAGUCGGGACUCGGCCAAGCGGAUGUGCAUUACGUCUUUGAAUCUACCCCGUUGCCAGAUCAUUGGAGUUCGCACCGAAAUCUCUCGAGUCAGACCUCGUUUGAUCUUUCAAAGUACCCUAUAGCUUUGAAACUUAUGCUCGAAUCGGAGGCGAAUCAGUACAAAGCAUUCAGCGACCUGACCACAAGGAAUGAGGAAGGAACAAAGGUCGCGGCGGGCGUGAUUCGUCCCCAAAGCACUUUGGUGCAGUGGAUUCUGGUAGUGGAGGAGUCACACAAAGUAGCGUUUAGUUCCGUAAUCAGAUUGCGGAAUAUCAUUCUGGCGUGCGUCUUUGGGACAGCAGGGUUCAUCCUUUUAACAAUACCUCUGAUCACUCACUGGGCCGUUGCGCCGAUUCGGAGAUUGCGUGAGGCCGCUCAGAAAUCGGUGACUCCACCACAUAUUGCGCCUUCUGACCUCUCUGAAAACACCCACAACUCAGCUGCUAUUAAUGUCCACAACACAGUCGAUGGCACCGAGAUGACUACCCAUGAAAAGCGUCCCCCAGCUUUUGUCAAGCGACUCUUUAACCCCAUGGAAUUAUUGAUUCGCACCAAUGAGACAGGCAGCCACCAUAACCACAAGGGUUUCCAAAUUCCUGGCAGAGUCAAGGAGCGGAGGCAUUGUAUGACGGAUGAGCUCACAGAGCUCACGGCAACUUUCAACGAAAUGUCGGAUGAGCUGACCAUUCACUAUACUCGUUUGGAAGAGCGAGUAAAAGAGCGCACUCGCGAGCUUGAGAAAGCAAAGUCGGCCGCCGAAGCCGCCAAUGAGAGUAAAACGCUCUUCAUUGCCAAUAUAUCUCACGAGCUCAAGACACCUUUGAAUGGUAUUUUGGGAAUGUGUGCCGUUUGCAUGGGGGAUGAUGAUAUAAAUCGAAUCAAGAAGUCGCUUCAAGUCGUCUAUCAAUCAGGGGAUCUUCUCCUACACCUACUCAAUGAUCUGUUGACCUUCAGCAAAAACCAGAUUGAACAGACCAUUCAGCUGGAAGAAAAGGAGUUCAAGAUUGCGGACAUUCGGUCUCAACUCGCAAUAAUUUUCCAGAAGCAGGUCCAUGAGAAAAAAAUCGAUUUCAGCGUGAAAUGCGUCUCUGGAGGAUCCUCUUCAGUUGGAAAAUUAGCAUUAUGUCAAGAUAAAACCUAUGAACCUCACCAAUUGCCAAGCCUUAUGGAUAUGGUGCUGUGGGGAGAUCAACACCGAAUCCUGCAGGUGCUAAUCAAUCUCGUUGGCAACAGUCUAAAAUUCACGCCUGAACAUGGAAGGGUUCAGGUCCGCAUUCGUUGUAUCAGAGAAAGCUCCGCUGACAGCAUCAAAACAGCAAGAGGCGAUGAUAAAGAAGACGGGUUCAUAUGGUCCUCGCGGCGCUCAUCGUGGGCGAGGGAUUCAUCAGAUUGGAUUGAGAAUAUUACAGCCACCUCCAUCGAGAAUCAUAUGCCUGGUCAGAUAAACUCACAGCCGUUGAUAUUCCAAUUUGAAGUCGAGGAUAACGGACCUGGAAUUCCAGCCAAUUCUCAUAAGCGCAUAUUUGAACCCUUUGUUCAAGGAGACCUUGGAUUGAACCGCAAGUAUGGAGGAACCGGCCUGGGUCUCAGCAUAUGCGCCCAGCUGUCUCGAAUCAUGGGCGGAGAAAUGUUCCUCAACAGCGAGGAGGGUAGAGGAUCGAUAUUCACGCUGAGAAUUCCUUUGAGGUUUAUCAAAGAGAUGGCAUCAAGCUCUCACAUUUCCAGUGCACCUGGCUCACGGACUCCGAGUCUUUUCUCUAUAGAAGAAUUUUCCCACUCGGCCCGUACACCUUCCCGUACACCUUCCCGCACACCUUCCAAUAAAGCCACAUUGCGAAAAGAGUCAACUCCAACCGGGUUUGAUAAAUCCGACUUGCCGAGAUUGAUUGGCUUGAGCCAGCCCUUCUUCACACCUAACGGCCUGUCACCCACGACAUCUUCUGCAUCACAAACCAGGCAAUUUGAAUCAAGUGGAUCUGAAAAGAAAUCAGCUAAACGGAUACGCGUUCUGGUCGCCGAGGACAAUGCCGUUAAUCAAGAGGUGGUUCGACGAAUGCUCGCCCUCGAAGAAGUUUAUGAUGUAAUAAUAGUCAAGGAUGGACAGGAAGCAUUUGAUACGGUGAAGUCGAAUAUGGAAAAGGGCAUCAUGUUUGAUCUUAUUUUUAUGGAUAUCCAGAUGCCAAACCUGGAUGGUCUUCAAAGUACUCGUCUCAUUCGUGGAAUGGGAUAUUCAGCCCCGAUCGUGGCUCUGAGUGCAUUUGCCGAAGAAAGCAACAUUAAGGAGUGCAUGGAUUCGGGAAUUGACAUGUUCAUCAGUAAACCAAUUCGACGACCUGCACUGAAACAGGUUCUCAACAAAUUUGCACCAAUCCCCGAAGAAAAUGAGAAUAGCCUCUCUUCAUAG